GGCAUUCAGGCUUAAUUCGGGGAACUGGAGCACAGAUCCAAUUCCCUAAAUCGAGAGCCCCUCACCAACAUCAAGGAACCUUCCUUGAGGGGUUAAUCCGGGGAGAUUAGGCUAGUUUCGUCCCCAGGCUGCGAUUCACACAAGUCGGCUAAUAACCCAGAUACCUUUUGUACUGCUAGGUGAAGAGGGACAGCAGGUGUCUUAAGGGAACAUGCUCCAGUUUCUAUCCAUACCGUGGAUUGAACCACGGACCUGAGCUGAGUGCCUUGAGGCACAGGGAGGCUUAGGAGGAUACCUUCUUAAGUGAUAUAGCAACUGCAAAACCAAAUUUUUCUCUAGUUUGUACAUGGAAGGGGCAUUCUCGAAGACCUCCAACAACAGUAGUGCCUAGUGACUUGGUCGCAUUUUUACUUGCAACAGAUCCAAGAGCUGGAAAAGGGACUAGAGAAGGUGCUCAAAGGUAGUUACUCCUUCGUCACAUGGAAGAACAUGGUGAAGCCGUUGAUGACACCUUACACCAACACUCGGGGACAACAUCCAUUUCAUAUCAGCACAACAGAGUACUUCUAUCUGAUGGGUUUCAGCUGGGCAUUCAGGAAGGGAGCGCCUUUCCGUCAUCGUUUUGCAAAAAUGAUCCAACGACUAAUCGAGGCAGGGCUAGUGAACCAGUGGCUGGAAGAUGUCCUGGCUAGGAAAAAAAGCAUUACUGGAAAAGUGACUGGUUCAUACCAAAUGGUGAGAGCAGAUGAUGCUGGAGGGUUGAUUGUGCUAAGCAUAGACCAUCUGCAGGGUGCCUUUUACAUACUGAUCAUGGGCUCCUGUUUGGCCAGCCUCGCUCUGGUAGCCGAGUGCCUUGUUCGUCGCAGAUGCAGUAAGGAAACUCAGCAGUGAACCAUUAGAUUCUUGCCCUCCUGGACUUGAAAACUGCACCAAUUUUUAUUCUUUUGGCCCUUUGCUACAAAAAAAGCAUUUUCUUACUAAGUCCUCAUUAUUAUAGACUGGAAAAGGGAGGUGGGAGUUCUAAACUUCUGGGAUUCACACACCACUUUGGAAAUAGGAAUAUAAUAAUAAUCAAAAAGAAGGGAAAUACGAAGAAAUCAAGUUUGAUCCUAGGGAGGACAGAUCAAAUUCCUUGGCUAGAACCCUUUGCUAACUUCAAGGAACCUCCACUGUAGCAGUAUGCAGUGGAACCUUGACUUGCGAGUUUAAUCCGUUCCGUGACCUAGCUCGUAGCUCAAUUUGCUCGUAUAUCAAAUCAAUUUUCCUCAUUUAAAUUAACUGAAUAGCCAUUAAUCCAUUCCAGCACUCUGGAGGCAAGAAAAAAUACUUGAAUAAGACGCUACUAUCAAACGCACGGCUUAUUUAUCCAUCACAAUUCAUAAUAAACAAUAUAAUUAACACAGAAACAUGAUAUAUACUCUAGAAUGAAUAAAGUAGGCCAUAAUAUGCUGGCAGAGGCAGCAGCAGAAGCGUCCGCAAUUUCUUGUCCCGCUUUGAUUACAGUAUCUUCCCAUGCUCUUAUUGUAAGAGAAAACAGCGUAUUUUUGAGGCUAACUGCAGUAGAUCAUUAGUUUUCUAAGGAAAACACUAUAAAAAAUAAUUUUUUUUUUUCAACAAGUCUGCCAUCUCCCACCGAGGCAGGGUGACCCAAAAAGAAAAUACUUUCAUCAUUCAAGACUUUCACCUCACUCGCACAUAAUCACUGUUUUUGUGGAGGUGCCCAGAAUACAACAGCUCAGAAGCAUAUAUGUAUAAAGAUACACAACAUAUCGAUCCAAACUGCUAAUAUCCCGAACCCCUCCUUUAGAGUGCAGGCAUUGUACUUCCCAUUUCCAGGACUCGAGUCCGGCUAUAUAAAAAUAACCGGUUUCCCUGAAUCCUUUCACUAAAUAUUACCCUGCUCACAUUCCAACAGCUUGUCAGGUCCCAAAUACUAUUCGUCUCCAUUCACUCUUAUCGAACACGCUCACUCACGCUUGCUGGAAGUCCAAGCCCCUCGCCCACAAAACCUCCUUUACCCCUUCCUUCCAACCUUUUCGAGGACGACCCCUCCCCUGCCUUCCUUUCCCUACAGAUAUGCUCUCCAAGUCAUUCUACUUUGAUCCAUUCUCUCUAAAUGACCAAACGACCUUAACAACCCCCCUCUUCAGCCCUCUGACUAAUACAUUUAUUAGCUCCACACCUUCUAAUUUCCACACUCCAAAUUUUCUGCAUAAUAUUUACACCACACAUUGCCCUUAGACAGGACAUCUCCACUGCCUCCAACCUCCUCCUCACUGCAGCUUUUACAACCCAAGCUUCACAUCCAUAUAAGAGUGUUGGUACUACUAUACUUUCAUACAUUCCCUUCUUUGCCUCCAUAGGUAACGUUUUUUGUCUAGACAUAUACCUCAACGCACCACUCGCCUUUUUUCCCUCAUCAAUUCGAUGAUUAACCUCAUCCUUUAUAAAUCCAUCCUCCGACACGUCAACUCCCAAAUAUCUGAAACCAUUCACUUCUUCUAUACUCCUCCUCCCCAAUCUGAUAUCCAAUUUUUCAUUAUCUAAAUCAUUUGAUACCCUCAUCACCUUACUCUUUUCUAUAUUCACUUUCAACUUUCUACCUUUACACACACUCCCAGACUCGUCCACUAACCUUUGCAGUUUUUCUUUAGAAUCUCCCAUAAGCACAGUAUCAUCAGCAAAAAGUAACUGUCUCAAUUCCCAUUUUGUAUUUGAUUCCCCAUAAUUUAAUCCCACCCCUCUCCCAAACACCCUAGCAUCUACUUCUAUAAAUACAGUGGACCGCCGGUUAACGAACUUUUUUCAUUCCAGUAGUAUGUUCAGGUGCCAGUACUGACCGAAUUUUUUCCCAUAAGGAAUAUUGUGAAGUAGAUUAGUCCAUUUCAGACCCCCAAACAUACACGUACAAACGCACUUACAUAAAUACACUUACAUAAUUGGUCGCAUUUGGAGGUGAUCGUUCAGCGGGGGUCCACUGUAUAUUAAACAGCCAUGGUGACAUUACACAUCCCUGUCUAAGACCUACUUUUACCGGGAAGUAAUCUCCCUCUCUUCUACACACCCUAACCCGAGCCUCACUAUCCUUAUAGAAACUCUUUACAGCAUUUAGUAGCUUACCAUCUAUUCCAUAUACUUGCAGCAUCUGCCACAUUGCUCCCCUAUCCAGUCUAUCAUAUGCCUUUUGUAAAUCCAUAAAUGCAAUAAAAACUUCCCUACCUUUAUCUAAAUAAUAUUCACAUAUAUGUUUCAAUGUAAACACUUGAUCUACACAUCCCCUACCCACUCUAUAACCUCCUUUCUCAUCCGAAAUCCUACAUUCUGUCUUACCUCUAAUUCUUUCAAUAAUAACCCUAACCGUACACUUUUCCUGGUAUACUCAGUAAACUUAUUCCUCUAUAAUUUUUACAAUCUCCUUUGUCCCCCUUUCCUUUAUAUAAAGGGAGUAUACAUGCUCUCUGCCAAUCCCUAGGUACCUUCCCCUCUUUCAUACAUUUAUUAAACAAAAAUACCAAACACUCCAACACUACAUCCCCCCCUGCUUUUAACAUUUCUGUCAUGAUCCCGUCAGUUCCAGCUGUUUUACCCCCUUUCAUUCUACGUAAUGCCUCAUGCGCCUCCCCCAUACUAACAUCCUGUUCUUCAGUCCUAAAAGAUGGUAUACCUCCCUGGCCAGUGCAUGAAAUUACCGCCUCCCUUUCUUCAUCGACAUUUAAAAGUUCCUCAAAAUAUUCUCGCCAUCUACCCAAUACCUCCCUCUCCCCAUCUACUAACUCUCCUACUUUGUUUUUAACUGACAAAUCCAUUUGUUCCCUAGGCAUUCUUGUUUAACUCACUCCAAAUUUUUUUAUUUUCAUUAAAAUUUCUUGACAGUGCCUCUCCAACUAUCAUCUGCUCUCCUUUUGCACUCUCUUCACCUUUCUUUUACUCUCCAUAUACUCUACUCUUCUUAUAACACUUCUGCUUUGUAAAAACCUCUCAUAAGCUACCUUUUUCUCUUAUCACACCCUUUACUUCAUCCACCAAUCACUCCUCUUUCCUCCUGCACCCACCCUCCUAUAACCACAAACUUCUGCCCCACAUUCUACUACUGCAUUUUUAAAACUAUUCCAACCCUCUUCAACCCCCCCACUACUCAUACUUGCACCAGCCCACCUUUCUGCCAAUAGUUGCUUAUAUCUCACCCGAACUUCCUCCCCCCUUAGUUUAUAUGCUUUCACCUCCCUCUUACUUGUUGCCAUUUUCCUCUUUUCCCAUCUACCUCUUACUCUCACUGCAGGUACAACUACGUAAAUAAUGAUCCGAUAUAUCAGUUGCCCCUCUAUAAACGUGUACAUCCUGGAGCCUACCCAUCAACCUUUUAUCCACCAAUACAUAAUCUAACAAACUACUUUCAUUACAUGCUCUAUCAUACCUUGUAUAUUUAUCCUCUUUUUCAUAAAAUGUAUUAUUUAAAUGUUUUACUUUUCCUGCCAUAGCUUAUCCUUCAAUAUUAUUGCUACUCCUCCUUUAGCUCUAACUAUUUGAAACCCCUGACCUAAUCCCAUUUAUUCCUCUCCACUAAAACUUUCCUGCCCCCUUCAGCUUUGUUUCACUUAAAGCCAGGACAUUCAGCUUCUUCUCAUUCAUAACAUCCACAAUCAUCUCUUUCUUAUCAUUUGCACAACAUCCACGCACAGACUUCCCACUUUGACAAUUUUCUUAUUCUUUUUAGCCCCUCAAGGAAGGUUCCUUGAUGCUGGUGAGGGGCUCUUGAUUUAGGGAAUUGGAUCUGUGCUCCAGUUCCCCGAAUUAAGCCUGAAUGCCUUCCACAUCCCCCCCCAGGCGCUGUAUAAUCCUCCGGGUUUAGCGCUUCCCCCUUGAUUAUAAUAAUAAUAAUAAUUAUUCUUUUUAGUAAUUACAGGAAAAGGGGUUACUAGCCCAUUGUUCCCGGCAUUUUAGUUGACUUUUACAACAUGCAUGGCUUACAGAGGAAGCCAUAAUAAUAAUACAUGUAAUGAACGCCACCAACUCAGUGAACUGUUUACCCCGCUGUGGGAGCAGUUCUCUCAUGCUUUGCUUACAUUUUUGACAGUCAUUUGGCCAAAUUUCGUUUUUCUAAGCAUGGGUCCUAAGAAAGUAAGUGCAAAGGACAUUGCUGAAAAGAAAAAGAGGAUGAUUUCCAUGGAAUUGAAGCAUGAAAUCAGAUAAAAGAAGCGAGGUGUCCAGGUUUUGGGCUGAGGAGGAAGUGGGGCGAGCUGGCUCGUUACUCAGAGCAAAAAACUGACCCAGCAACAGCUCGUAUCUCAAAAAAACUUGUACGUUGGGACAGGGACACUCAUAAGUCAAGGUUCCACUGUAUAUCCCUUCAAUUUUUUUUUUUUUCCAACAAGUCGACUGUCUCACCCAAAAAAAGAAAAUCCCCAAAAUGAAAAUACUUUCAUUAUUAUUUAACACUUUCACUUUACUCAUACAUAAUCACUGUUUUUGCAGAGGUGCCCAGAACACAACAGUUCAGAAGCAUAUACGUAUAAAGAUACACAACAUAUCACUCCAAACUGCCAAUAUCCCAAACCCCUCCUUUAAAGUGCAGGCAUUGUACUUCCCAUUUCCAGUCGUCGUAAGCUCCACUUUUCUAUGUGCGGGUUAUUUGUGUAUCGUUCCAGUCAUGGUAUUGUGCCUUUUUUAUUUCCAGUUCUCAAAGUCCAGCUAUAUAAAAAUAACCGGUUUCCCUGAAUUUUUUUUUUUUUUUUUUUUUCAACAAGUCGGCCGUCUCCCACCCUGCUCACACUCCAACAGC